AUGCACAUGGAUUGGCCAUUUGAUGAUGGGUCAGCCCCCCCGGACCAGGUGGUUGAUGAUUGGCUGAACCUGCUGCAGACGAAGUUUAGAGACGAGCCUGGCUGCUGUGUGGCUGUGCACUGUGUCGCUGGACUAGGACGAGCUCCUGUGUUGGUGGCCCUGGCUCUAAUUGAGUGUGGGAUGGAAUAUGAAGAUGCGGUGCACUUCAUAAGACUGAAGCGUCGUGGAGCAUUCAACUCCAAGCAGCUGCUUUACCUUGAAAACUACAAACCUAAACUGUGUCUGCGCUCCAAAGAUGCAAACGGACAGAGCUGCUGUAUACAGUAGGAAUCUACAACCCCACACAUCCUCACUGCAACUUCAUAGGAGACGUUCAUCUUUUGAUGUUAAGUUGACGGGUUUGGGUAAAUCUUUUUAUAACACUGACCAAUGAAAUCUAUUUAAAGCACUUCAUGUAAUUCCAGAAAUUCAAGGACCUCGGUGCAAAGUUCUGCAAAUAUUCUAAAGUAUAGUCAGCAUAGUCACGCAACUUCUGAUUUCAAAUCAAAAAUGAACUUAAAAAAGUGGAGGUCUGAAAGGUUUUUAUUUCUGUUCCUUGGUCUGUAACCUCAUCUUAAUAUGCAGCAAAACUACACAAAUACUCCCAACUCACUGUUAAAGUUGCAGCUGCAAUAAAUGCUGCUGAUGUUAACAAACUUGUUGUGAUUUAAAAUGUUGACGCUGGGAUCAAGCAUUAUUAAAAAAGAAAAAAAAAAAAGCAACACUACAAAGUGUGUGUGCGCUCAGAGGCUUGCUGGUUUAUUGCACGUUAAUCAACACAGUGGUCCAGACUGAGAUAUUUAUUCCAGUCUUUGCUCACUGAGCAAAUCAGUGUCCUGCAGCCAGAAUGUGGUGCAGAUGAUGAAGAACUCAGACAAGUUAGAAAAACAUUAAGAAAUUUGCUUGACAGGUUAUAAAAAAAAAAAAGAUUUAAAAAGGAGUCCUCAGUUUUGAUGCAAAUGUGAGAUAUCGCGUAUUAAACAACACUACAAUCUACCUACUUGCUGUAUGUCCUAAGCCAGAGUCACAGGCGCACAGUCUGCCUCUCUGGAACAAACUCACGUUUUGCUGUAAAUGUUUGACACUGUCAUUCAGAAUGUCACCAAGGCAACAGGGCCAACGUGUCGUAGAUCCGUUGGUGAAUGUAUUCAUAAAGGAACACUUCAAGGUUUUGGUAGAUUAUCAGCUUUUAGGUGUUGAAACCACAAACAAAACAAUUGAUAUUUCCUUAGUAGUCGGCUGCAAUGCUUCAUGCUUCCAAUUCAAUGUACACAGUUUUGAGUGGUACUCGACAUAGUGUAUGAUUGACUGGUAGAACACACUAUGUGAUCUUCCUGCUAGAUUAUAACGAGUGCUGAUCUGCAUGAUAACAGUCCAGAACGUACUGCUGAAAGACAGCAAGCUCCGUGCAAAAACAUGAGCAUGUACUGUUAAAGAUGGUAAAGAAAUAAUCUGGCAUUUAACAAAGUAGGAGCAACAAAUAUUACGUAACACAAACAGUAAGAUCGAUUCGGUGAUCCAGGUGUCUUCACUGAACAGGUAACUUUACUAAUAGGGCAAUCUUCCAAAUACUCUCUGUAUUCCUAUAACAACAACCAUAGAACAGGAUGGUGGAGCCAACACGGCUGCUACUGAACACUUCGUGGCUGUUGUCUAUCUCCGGCUCUGUACCUACCAAGCUGUCUGGUCAGCUGCUGUGUUUGUAAGAUGCUGUUGGUCUUUGUGAUGUUAUUAUUUUUCUAUAGUUUUUAUUUUCUUUCCCUUGUACCCUUGAUCUAUUUGUAUUUGUUAUUUAUUUAUUGAUUCCACUGUGUUUCUCUGUGAAAUGUCCAUGUACUUGGGGAAAAAAGAAACUAUUAAUCCUCUUGGAAAAUUAAAGCAUUUAGUACUGUAA